AUGGAUAUCGAAGACGACUUCAUCAUGUCGCUUCCAGAUUCCGAUUCCGAAGGCGUGGAUCUGGACAUUGACUCGGACUCGGUUGACACCAGCUCGACCGAAAGAGAGCCUUCAAACAAGCCGCCCACUCCGCUUCAACAAGCAACCUCGACUGUCACCAAGCUUCUGAAGGAGAAGGGCAAAGAAUGGGAUCAACUGGCUUCAAGGAAGCGUCCACUGACCCUGUUGGAGCUCCCCAUUGAUAUACUACGAUUGAUUGUAAAGGAGAUCAUGCAUACCAACGACCUUACCUCCCUUGCUCUAACCAACUCGACACUGCAUAGCCUGGCUAUCCCACACAUCUACGCUAGAUUCGAUAUUGUAUGGCCAGAUACGCACGUAACAUCUUCCGAUCACAAGAGUGUCGAUGCUUUAACCUAUGGGCUUUCUACUCUGAGUCUGGGAAGCUCCUUUGGCCGCAUCAGGCAAAGGCUUCUCCGCUCAGGGCCUCCGCAGCAGAUGCGAUCUCCCUUGGAUCGUGUUGGCAACAAUUAUGCAGUUCACACCCGGAAGUUUUCGCUUGGGGAUGGGCCUCCCGACUGGGUUGCGGCCUAUAUGAUCACAAAAGAGAGUGGGAAGAUGCUGGGGACUUUGGUAUCUUUGGCAGUGGCCAAGAUGACUAACCUGGAAACGUUCAUCUGGGACAUGCCUACUGGAGUCCUUGCGGAAAUCUUCCUAGCCUUGGCGAGCUUGCCGGACAGCCACAAGGACGGGCAGUGCAACUUGGAAACGGUUUGGAUCCGGUGGCAUGACAAUAGCGAAGGUCAAAUGCCGUCGUCGAAUCCCGUGAUUCCACCCGGCAGCACUCUUACACCUGUGGGCAUCAUGUUGCCCCCGGGGGUAUCGCACCCGAAACCACGACCAGCUCUGCCAUAUUCUGCCAGCACUGUCGAGUAUCCCACUUUUAGUGUUUUGCCGCCUCUCAAAAGCCUGACGGCCUUGGAUAUAGACGAAUUGGCGUAUCUGGAUGAGAUUUCAAUGCUGAUCGAGAGGUCCCAGGACAGGCUUCAAGAAUUACGCAUUGGCAUAUCGAAAAAGGCUCAGCACAAGGAUUUUGUUCAGGCGUGGGAUGGGCACGAGCUGCACCAAGUUGAUCAUCAAGCCCACUGGCCCGGUGCGAGCACGAUAGGUAGCCGUCGACUGGGCGGUGUUCUAGGAAUCCUUGUCGGCCGCAUUUACGACAUACGGCGAAAACCUCGUGCGUGGUUAUCACGGGGCAAGUCGGAGUCUUCACCUUGCCCUCCAACCAAAGAGGCACAUGAUGGCCCCGAACAAGCUGACGCCAUAAACUCGAGCCAUGAUCACAAUCCUACUGCGAACCGUAAAGGUUCAGUAUCGCCCGACGGGGUGGGCAAUCCUGGGCAUGUGAACAGUGAGAACGAGUCCAAGGACAGCUCCGAUUCUACGGCGCGUGUGGUAGCCGGCGAGAAUAAUCCAGCAGGGUGUGGGCAUUCCGAAGCUCCCGAGCCAGGUUUGGAAGAUGGCAAAGCCUCGGAUCAAGCGCCCAGACGAAAGCAUAGCGCAAGCCGCUCUCGCCUUGAAGGGAAGCUACGGUUGCGUAUUCUGGAGCUUGAGAGGAUACCACUUUCCAUGCAAGUCUGCAGCAAAGCCAUUGACUGGACCACGCUGACCACUUUGACUAUACUCGACUGUGCCCAGCACGAGUCCCUGUGGAAAUUAUUGAAACGUCAGUACCAGCCAACGGUGGUGGCUGGUGGAUACGGCAUCUCCUCGUCGUCGCGGGGUGCUCAAUUACAAUAUCAUCUUGGCUUGAAGCGACUUCGUACCGACACAACCUCGCUCUCACUAAUAACAUUCCUCACUGAGGUUCUUGCACCAAACACGCUCGAGGUACUCUUCUUGCAAGAUCGCCGCAGAUCGCCUUCGGUACCUGCCGUCACCAUCGAGUCCAUUUUCAAGGGCCCCUUGAAGCGUCACCGUGGGAGCCUGCGAAAACUCCUACUAGACAGCUCUGCUAGGAAUACAAAGAGCGGAUCCGCUACGAUCGACAAUGACAGGUGGCGGCACUGGGUCCUGACUUCAAGGAUUCUGCACUACAUCACAAGCGGGCGGUUGGUCAACCUACGUGAGCUUGCGGUAUCAAUCGCAUAUGCCGACUGGCAUACGUUCUUGCAACGACUGCCAAAUAUCCCACAGUUGCGGUCGCUCAACAUACCUCACGUCAUGGACCACGUCGUCAGUGCCAUUGACCCGAAGGAGCUGGCGUUACAGAUAGCCGAUAUCAUCACGUUGCGACCCGAGGUACAGCUUUGCUACAUUGGUAUCUCGACCAAGUGUUUUGAGAUCCUCGAGACUACGCCAGGUGAUCGUGCAGGUGGUACAGUCGACAGUACAGGAUCUAGCAGUGGUAGCGGUAGUGGCCAAAACAGCGGGGCCACGACCACCGGGCCCCAGGCUAUGGACAUGAUAUCACUUGUCGAACCCGAGUCCGAGGAGGAUAAUCAGGACGAGUCAAGCGAAGAGGAAGAUGCAGACGAGACUGAAGAUGAGGACAAUGGGAUCAACAAUCAUGUUGCAACCGAAGAGGUCCAGUCGGAUGGCCACACAGGAGAAAGCUGGGAUUCCGAUGAUGAUGGCUUCGUUGAUCCAGACCAUACGCCGACUAAGAAGAAGCUGAGGCUUCGCGAGAUUCUUUUCUAUGACGACAAGGUAGCUAUUUUUAAGGCAAGGCAUGGACAUCUUUGA